AUGGAUCCAGACAUACCUACGCCCUCGAUUGAGCAUGACGGCCCUCCAGAUCGCAACGGCGUCUUCACCACCACCACAACAACAACCCCAGGUCUCGUGUCACCCUCCAUCCGAGUGAAUCAUCAAGACCACACCCACGCGCACCCAAACUUGCUGAGUGCUGCUGCGCAAAUACCGCUCCCGCCCUCUUCUCCCAUGCGCAGUCCCUACCACACCCCUGCAGCCUCCAAGACCAAGUCUCUGUCGCCGAAACCGCCCUCGCGCUCGCCGUCUGUCGCGAGUUCAUAUCGAGGCGAGAGACAAGAGAGACAGUCCACUCCGACCCUGGCCAGCAGAAGGUCAACCUCCAGCCUGAGUAAUACCAGGGGCAGCACACCUCAAUACCGUCGAGCGUCCUCCAACCUCAACCCUCUCUACCCUGCGACAAAUGGCAAGAUGUCGCUUCCAGAACGCCCGCCUGUCACGGCUAGUUCGGUAGCGAAGGAGUACUUUGGAAAAGAGCUGGAGGCUCAUAUUUCCCUGCAAUCCCCCGUGGUGGUCAUAGUCCAUGAUUCGUGUUAUGGCCAUCGCUUUUCCCGCCCUCGCACCUCAAAGAAUGCGCUCGCCACAAUUGUCGAGCGGCCUGAAAGAAUCCACGCCACGCUGCUGGGUGCAUCUGUGGCCUACGUGCGCCUGGGAGGCCGGCAUGCUGACGGUGAAUAUGCGCCGUGCCCGAAGCACGAACCGUCACGCGUGUGCAACAUCCCCUUCCAGAUCCGCAAGACCUCGAGGAUUAUUCCUCUCACCCACCCUUCAGUCGCUUUCGUGCACGGCUCAAAAUGGAUGGAAGAGUUACAAAUCAUGUGUGACACUGCCGAAGGGAAAUUGGCCCUCAAUGGGAAAGAGUUGGUGAGACCGAUCGGCUACGGCAAGGACGAGAAUGGAAAUCCCCUUCCUAAACUACAUGAGGGCGACCUGUACCUGUGUGCGGAAUCGCUGGCUGCCUUCCAGGGCUGCCUCGGCGGGGUCUGCGAUGCAGUAGACACUGUCUUCUCCUCGCCACUGACCAAGCGAGCCUUUGUCUGCAUUCGACCUCCUGGCCAUCAUUGCUCGUCCGAUUACCCGUCGGGAUUCUGCUGGCUGAACAAUGUCCACGUGGGAAUCGCCUACGCGGCUAUGAAUCAAGGUCUGACCCAUGCCGCUAUCAUAGACUUCGAUUUACACCAUGGAGACGGUUCCCAGAAUAUCGCCUGGGACCACAACCGAAAGGCACAAAGCGCAGCUAAGAAUACUGCAGCGCACAAGAAGACCCCUAUCGGCUACUACAGCCUCCAUGACAUCAACUCCUAUCCCUGUGAGUGGGGUGAUGAAGAGAAGGUGCGCAAUGCCAGCUUAUGUAUUGAAAACGCUCAUGGCCAGUCAAUUUGGAAUGUCCAUUUGGAGCCCUGGUCGAGCCACGAAGAGUUUUGGAAACUGUACGAGACCAAGUAUAUGAUCCUACUUCACAAGGCGAGGUUGUUCCUGCGCCAUCACACGGCAAAGAUCCGCUCUUCUGGAACUCAGUCCCCUAAGGCUGCCAUCUUCAUCUCGGCGGGGUUUGAUGCCAGCGAGUGGGAGGGUGCAGGCAUGCAGAGGCACAGUGUCAACGUUCCGACAGAGUUCUACGCACGGUUCACGGCCGACAUUGUCCGGCUUGCUCACGAGGAUGAUCUCGGCGUCGACGGGCGAAUUAUCAGCGUCCUAGAGGGUGGAUACAGUGAUCGCGCCCUGACUUCGGGUGUCCUGAGCCAUAUAUGUGGUAUGGCGGGUGACAACCAUGCUGCGAGUGGGAACAGCUCGUCAGAAGUCAAUGGGAAUAAAUUUCAGACGAUCAACAAUUGGGUACAGGACAUCCCUUCCUCGGCCGCCGCGCAACACUUUACCUACUCAGCGGAUUGGUGGGCUCUCCAAAAUCUAGAAGAGCUUGAGUAUGUCGUCGCAGGUCGUCAACCUCCAGCUUCGAAAGCUAAAGAUAAGUCGGGAAACUACUCAUCACCAACACAAGCGUCCACUCUGAAGAUGACUGACCAUGCUCGCGAGAAACGCUCAUUCUCAGCUUUGCAUGCCAGGCUUUCUCUAGAAGCUGCAUAUGAGCCUCCGCCGCCUGACGUUGACUGGGCCAUAGCUGCGUAUGAGCUGUCUCGUGUCAUUAUCCCCAGUACCCGCCAAACUUUGAGUUGUACUCACGAAGAGCUUAACGCGGAAGCCACCAGGGUACGACGAGAGCGGCUUUCGACGGUCGGCUUACAUCCUGGACCUGAUGAACGGAUGCAACUGCGCGAUCGAAAGCCAAAAGCACCCCCUGCAAAUCUUUCAGCUGUACGAGCAAUAUCGCGGAAUGGCAACCGGCGGACAACCAUUGCGGCAGUUAGUGACUUGCCUGAUCCAAACAUAGAGCAUCCAGACCUACCCAACGGGAGAAUGCGUCGAAGAUCCAGCGAUGCGUCGAGCAUUUUGUCGAGUUUCCAAGCGAUGAAGUUGUCAGAUCAGGGAGCUGGUGACGCAGGGAUUAUGCCAAAACUCCCCAAUGCACAAGUCUCUUCGAGGGAACCCUCAACCGCCCCGGGGAAGCCAGUGAAGCCUGUUGCCGUGAAGAAGACAAGAGCACCUACAACCACAAAGCCACCGGCAAAACGGCAGACCAGUCCUCGGAGGCAGAAAACUGUUUCAUCCGCUGUUACAGGCUUGCCCGAGGCCAAAGCUUCUGCCCGCGUAACUCAGGAAAGUGUGGUCAAGAAAGAGCCAUCCUCGCCUUCUCCAGACGGCCGCAAACAAAUGUCAAAUAGUGACGAGCUGGACAACCUAACAAAUGGGAUGAAGAAGAUUUCGAUCAAAUUGAAAAUGCCAACUGCAGAAGAGCACACCAACAAACAGAACCAAAAGAUGGUUGAGGAUAAACAGAAAAGGCCUCGUGCACCGAGGAAACCACUGGUGCCGAAAACUUCCAAGCUAAGUGAGCCGACUCCUGUCGCCAAUCCCGGGCUCCCGAUCAAUACGCGGACAAAGCUGCCGGAAGACGGCUCCCAGGGCUACUCUGAAACGCCAGCCUCAAGUAUUGCCGGAAUAGGAAAGGCAAAUGACAUUUCCCGACCGCUUGAAGAUCCCAUGCCAUCUCCCAAAGCGAUUUUUCUGCCUGGAGACAAAGACAUGGACAUCCCUCCACCAUAUAUAGCACCUCAAGAAAUCAAUGGCGAGCAAGAUCCACAGCGAUCGACCGUGGCCGAACCGAAUGUGGCUGUCCCUGUGUCCGACACGCAAGCUCCAAAAAGCAAACCUCCCUUCGCCCUACCUCCAACACCAAGCUCCCAAAUACAACCAGAAAUGGCCGACACUGCGUCGUCGGAAGUGCCUUUGUCGUCUGGAACCAAUAACCCGCCACAGAAAACAAAGCAGGACCUACCCGUCUUCACCUCAAGCUCUCCGAUCCCGUUUGCGGUCCCCGUCCAGGAUGAGCAACACUCGCUGGCACAGAAUCACCAACAAGGUUCAGACCAGCAAGCUUCGAUCUGGAAUGUUCCUGAAAUUCUGCAGCAAAAAUGA